CAGUGACGUUCAACUAGAGCGACGAAGGAGGAUGUGUUUGUCAAGUUGUCUUUAAACAGGAAAGGUGUAAGGUAAGCGUAGAUUUAGACUCCACAGAAUUAAAUACUUGUGCCUUCUUGUAAAACGCAGUCACCAGAUUAAUACAACAAAUCGGGUCUGACUGUGGCUUUGCGCAGCGAUGGACAGCGAAGUUCAGCGCGAUGGAAGGGUGCUGGACCUGAUCGAUGAUGCCUGGAGGGAAGAUCGAUUGCCUUAUGAAGACGUCACCAUCCCGCUGAGUGAACUUCCUGAGGCGGAACAGGACAAUGGUGGGUCAACCGAGUCAGUUAAGGAGCAGGAGAUGAAAUGGUCAGACCUGGCUCUCCAGAGUCUUCACGAAAACACACCGAACACGGGCAGCUAGCGCACUGACCGUGCAGCUCGGAACUGUCCCGGUUGUCUUUUAUCCCGGCUGGCUUUUUACCAAAAGCGAGAACAAAACAAUCUUUAUCAAGGGAAUAGUUGGAUUGUCUGUUCGACUUGUCUUUCACUGGUCCCUUCACAACAAAAAUAUACUCGAUGUGUUUAGAAUGUUAUUUUGGUUACACGAUUCACGCAGUGUUCUGUGACCUGUGGAAUAAUAUAGAAUUGUAAGUGUUACUGGUGUAUGAUGGGGGGAGUCUUCGCAAGUGUUGGUUUUCAUUGCUGUGAUCGCUGCAGUCUCCAGACAAAGUCCUAAUUGCUGGGUAUUUCAAAGGCCAUAAAUGACAAACUGACCCCAAUGUAAAAUGAAAUUGCAACUGUGUGAUGAUCAAUGUUUUUAAACCAACUUGCAAAUUAAAGGAUUGAACUAUGUAAAAGUG